AUGAGGCUACAGCUUCGCGACGACACCGAUGACGAGCCCGUCCACCCCUUCGUCAAUCCUUAUACCGAGUUGAAUAUUGGGCUAUGGGCAUUGUUUUUCGGAGCAUCUAUGUUUUUGGUAGCUAGGCUGUGGGUUAAGAUUACGAAACGGCAUGGAAUGUGGUACGAUGAUCACAUCUUGAUCUUUUCAUGGUUCCUUCUUCUCGCCAACAACAGUCUUAUCAUAUACCAAUUCGGCAACGGCUACGUCCUCGAGGACUCAUCCAAAUCAUGGGACGACCGCAUGCACAUACUCAUCAACAUUUCAUCGUGCGGGACACUGAUCGGUCAGGCCUUGACCAAGACGGCUUUUGCGGUAACACUACUACGCAUGAGCAACCGUUGGCAAAAAUGGAUACUAUGGUUCUGUAUCGUCACUAUGAACCUUUACAUGGCCUUAAAGGUGGUCUUCCAAUGGGCAAAGGUCUGUGGCAAGCCCACAUACGACAACUGGUACAGAUUGGACUUUUGCUUGGGUUCCAGUUUCCGAGCCGACUUUAAGGAGGGUGGCAACAUCUACAAUAUCGUUAUGGAUUUUGUGUUUGCCUGCUUCCCGUGGCUCAUCGUUCGAACGUUGGAGAUGAAGAGGGCUGAGAAGGUUGGCCUUUGCCUUACCAUGAGUCUCGGAAUGAUUGUUGCCAUCGUCUCAGCUAUCCGAGUUGGUUGGAAAGAUCAAGGAAAUGGCCGCGAUGCCUACUACAUCUGGCGCAACGGCAUGUCGCAAGUUUGGUACUCCUCAGAAAUUGCUGGAACAAUUAUGGUCCAAUGUAUCCCUAUUCUACGUCCUAUCCUUCGAAACAUUCACACUUCCCUCACAUCACGCAAGCUCGAAUCCUCCACCGGUGAGAGAAAAGGCUCCGGCUGGACCUGGACACGCAGCAGCAAGCAUAUCUCUACAGGACCUCUCCCCGUCCUCGUAAACAACAACAACCACGAUGGCAUGGAGCUCCGCAACAUUCCCGAGGAGAAUGAGCCUCAAGAAUUUGACUUUUGGGAUAAGAACCGCGUUCCAACACCUGAUAUCGAAGAGGCAAGACCGGUGGACCACAAGUUUACUAGGGAUGAUAGUUGGCCGCUGGGACCGGCAAGUGACUCAAAUAAGAGCACCAAGAGCUUUGAUAUGGUGCACCCCGGAGUUGGGUUAGCUGUUGAACAGGAGGGUUAUGAGCAGGGACUCUCACCACCACCGCCUCGAAGGACUUAA